UCAAGUUGUGGGUGGAACUUUAGCAAGAGAGAGAGAGGGGGAGAGGAGAGAGAGAGAACAGAGUGGAAAGGAAUUAUUCAAAUAUCUGUUCUUCUCUUGCCUUUGCCUCUUUUCAACAAUAAUCAAAGAUGACGUUCGCAGGAACAACGCAAAAGUGCAGUGCUUGUGAGAAAACGGUGUAUCUGGUGGAUCGUCUUGCUGCUGAUAAUCGCAUUUAUCACAAGGCUUGCUUCAGGUGCUACCAUUGCAAUAGUACUCUCAAGCUCAGUAAUUUCAACUCCUUUGAGGGGGUAAUUUACUGUAGGCCUCACUUUGAUCAGCUUUUUAAGAGGACUGGCAGUUUGGACAAGAGUUUUGAAGGAACUCCGAAAGUCACAAAGCCAGAAAAACCUGUGGAAAACGAGAAUGGUAGCGGGAGCAAAGUCUCAAAUUUAUUUGCAGGCACGAAGGAAAAAUGUGUGGGCUGCACUAAAACUGUGUAUCCGAUUGAGAAGGUAAGUGUGAACGGAACAGCAUACCAUAAGGCCUGCUUCAAAUGCAGUCAUGGAGGCUGUACAAUAAGCCCAUCAAAUUACAUUGCACAUGAAGGAAGGCUUUAUUGCAAGCACCACCAUAUUCAACUCUUCAAGGAGAAAGGCAAUUACAGCCAGCUUGAGUCGUCUGACCAUGAAACUGACCCUGCUCCAUCCACUCAAUCAUAAACUUAAAACAAUAUUCCUCAAAUUUUUUUAUCUCUUUCAUUUCUCCCUAUCUUUUCCUUGUCGACCUUAGCACACUGAUUCUGGAUUUUGUUCUUUCUUGCGGGGUAAAUUCAGUUAUAUCUAUCCAUUUUGGUUGUACUUGUAUGUAUUCUUGUGGGUUUCUGUAUAUUGUAGCAUUAUGAAGCUUGUUUUAAAAAUUGGACCAGAAUCAUUGUUUACCGUGAAAAUGGUAAUAACAAUUAAAUUUGAUUA